UUGUGCAGCAGCCAUUUUGUCUGUUCAUGAAAGUCCACCCCACACGGUCAAGAACUGCAGUUCCCACUUGGAAAACAAUAAUAAUAAUACUAUUUGAGUCGCUUUAAAGGUUCUUUAUGGAAACGGAUAAAGGCUGAAAAAAUAUCUGGUCAUAUUUUAAGUUCGAGGAGGCUUCUCCCUUCGGCUUAGGUUUUUGCGGUGUAAGCGCUAUUAGAGCGUGAUAUGUCGUGCGAGGAGAGCUACUUAGCCAUCCGGCGGUAUCUGACCGACGAGCGGGAGCCAUACGCACCCGGAACGCAUGGUAAUACCAAAAGAAAGAUACGCAAGGCAGCGGCUUGUUAUGUCGUGCGGAACGGAAUUUUGUACUACCAGCGUCGGCAGAAAGGCCAACAUGAAUUCACCGAGCUGGAAGUUGUCUUACAGGCCGGACGAAGGAAGGAACUUAUCGAUGAAGCACACAUCACUGCCGGAGAACACCUCAACCAACAUCAAACUUGGGAAACCAUCUCUCAAAAAUACUGGUGGAGGGGUAUCCUAAAGCAAGUCAAGGAUUACAUUAGAGAAUGUAGUCAGUGUCAAAGUAGGCAGGACCGCGGCCGAGCUUCCACCGAGGACGGCAUCGUUCAGGGGUUUGGUGGGCGGCCAGGAAGACGCAGAGCUGUCGCUGUUGACGUUAGCGAUGAAGAGGAAGGUGAAGAUGAGGAAGAAAUGGACGAUCUGGACUUUGUCUCGUCCACCCAGUCCAAAUCGAGGAAUCCUCGAGGAGUUGACAAGCACGAACUGGUAUUUGUGGACUCCAAGGGUGUGGUAAAACAGUUUUUGACCAAACAUGGACAGUCCAUGUUGGACAAAUUAAACCAGCAGCGGCUCAAUAACCAGUUCUGUGACAUCACCCUGCUGAUCGAGGGAGAGGAGUUUCGCGCCCACAAGGCUGUGCUGGCUGCUUGCAGUGACUACUUUUAUGAGCUGUUCAUUGAGAAGGGGGCGGCGGCCAGCCAUGAGGCAGUUGUGGACCUCUCUGGUUUCAGCAAGGCCAGCAUCUUGCCUCUGCUGGACUUUGCCUACACGUCCAACCUGACGUUUAACUUCUGCGUGAUGGCUGAGGUGGCCACGCUGGCCCGUCACCUACUCAUGUCCGAGGUUCUCGAGAUCUGCGAGUCGGUGCAUCGGAAGGUGGAGGAACAGAAGCUCACCGUCUACCAGAGGGGUGACAUUCACACGGUGGUGUCGACGCAGACCAUGCCCCAGCAGACUGCCACCGACCAGCCGGGAACCUACAUGGUUACCAUGCAGAGCGAUGGCCAGGCUGUGGUCACUCACACUGGGGAUGGUGAAGCUGGACAGCCCCUGGCUUUGAUUGCCCAUCCAGGGAUGACUGAAGCGGGGGAGUCCCUUGCGCUGCUCGCACAAGCUGGGCAGGUCGGGGCUGGAGAGUCCCUGACUCUGAUGGCCCCCAGCGCGGAUGGUGGUGCUGGCGAGACCAUGACUGUCAUCACUCACAGCGGGCAAGCGGGAUCAGGCGAGUCCCUGGCUGUGGUUCAGGCCUGCUGGAAAGUGGAAAAUGGGGCACAGGGCGAUGCCUCAGCUUUGCCUGAGGGCAUGGAGACUGGUCCUUUCCUCAUCAGUGUGGACACAGGGAAAGUGGCCUCCCCCGUGGUGGUCCAGAUGAAUGCUGCAGUGCCCCCUUCAGAGAAGGAGGACCCUCCUCCUUCCACUCAAGAGAUUCCUGCUCAGCCUGACCCAGCACCUCCUCCCCCGAAGCGGAAGCGAGGACGCCCAGCCAAAGCCAAACAGGAGCCGGUCCCCGUGGUGGAGCCUGAGGAGGAGGUGGUGACUCCAGAGCCAAGCCCUGCAGCGCUGGAGGAGGCGCAGAAGGAGGAGCAAGAGAGUGGCUCAGAUGACCCCAACAGGAGGCGCCUGCGACAGCGGUCCAUGGGCAAGGGGGGCUACGUGCGCCUCCACAUGGGUCUCGAGCAGGAGGAGCAAGAGGAGGAGAAGAAGGCUCCAGGAACUCCACGUUCCAACACUUUGAAGGCAACUCCGCGGGCAGUGAGGAGAGGACCCCGUGGCGCCCAGACCCCCAAGAAGAGCGACUCUGAGGAGACUGCAGCGGCGGCUGCCUCUGUGGCGGGGCCUGUAUCAGAGGGGGUGGAGCAGACCGAGAGCCAAGACGUGGCGGCGGUGGCGCCAACGUCGACAGCGGAGGAGGCUGGGCCAGGUGGCGAGGAGGUGAUGGAAGGCGUGGCGGAGAAGCCGGCGGCUGAAGCGGAGCUGGACAGCGCGGUGGACGGAGAGCACACGUGCGGCGAUUGUGGCAUGGUGUUCGAGCGGCGCUACUCACUCAUCAUGCACACACUCAAGCAUGAGAAAUCCCGCGGAUUCAAGUGUGGGCUGUGCAAUAAAGACUUCCAGUACGCGGCGUCCCUACGAGCCCACAUGGCCCGGCACAAGCACCAGAAGACCCAGCGGGCCACGCUGCCCCGGCCGUCGGCGGACGACGCCCCCGUGGGCGACGAGGGGGGCGAAGGAGAGGGCAAGGUCAAGCCUCGCACCAAGCGGGAGUUCGUGUGCGACAUCUGCGGCAAGACGCUGCCCAAGCUGUACUCUCUGCGCAUCCACAUGCUCAACCACACGGGCGUCCGGCCCCACGCCUGCCGCGUCUGCGGCAAGACCUUUGCCCACAAGCACAGCCUGAAGAUGCACCGCGCGCUGCAUGACGCCGCCAAGCAGUUCCACUGUGGCAUCUGCAACAAGUCCUUCGUCAGCAAGCGCAGCCUGGAGGAGCACACCAGCAUACACACAGGGGAGUCCAAAUAUUUAUGCACAACUUGUGGGAGGUCGUUCCACAGGGCGUCAGGCUUAAGUAAGCACCUGAAAAGACACCAGCCCAGGCCGGAGGUCCGAGCCUUCCAGUGCUCACACUGUGAUAAGAGUUUCUAUGAAGCCAAAGACCUGCAGCAGCACAUGAACAAGCACCUGGGCCUCAAGCCCUUCCAGUGUCAGGUGUGUGGGAAAUGCUACAGCUGGAAAAAGGACUGGUACUCCCACGUCAAGUCCCACACGGUUGCAGAGCCCUACAGAUGCAACGUGUGUGGGAAGGAGUUCUACGAGAAGGCCCUGUUCCGUCGGCAUGUGAAGAAAGCCACGCACGGCAAGAAGGGCCGCGUGAAGCAGAACCUGGAAAGGGAGUGUGAGCACUGUGGACGCAAGUUCACUCAGCUCCGAGAGUACCGCCGACACAUGAACAACCACCAAGGAGUGAAACCAUUCGAGUGUCUGACAUGUGGUGUAGCGUGGGCCGACGCUCGCUCUCUGAAGCGGCGCGAUGCGCCGCGCUGCCGCAGGCGGCCGAUGCCCCCUGUGUGCCAGGAGGCCAGCGGCCUCGGCCAGCGCACCCUCCGCAAGCACAUGACCAAGCUGCACGGCGACUACCUGCCCGGCAAGAUCAUGCUGGAGAAGGACACGCUGCAGUUCCACAACCAGGGCACGCAGGUGGAGCACGCCGUCAGCCUGCUGGCCCCCGAGCUGCCCCCCGAACUCCGGCCCGCGCAGCCCGCCGCGGGCACCGAGGAGAUCGAGACGGUGCUCAUCACCGAGGAGACGGUGGAGGCCAUGGAGGCCGUGCAGGCCGUGGAGGCGGGAGCGGCGGCCGGCGUGGCGACGCUCUCAGACAGGAGCAUCAUGCAGGUGGUGAACUACGUGCUGGCCCAGCAGGCCGGCACCAAGAUGGACGACUCCCCUGACGUCAUCCAGACCAUGGAGGUGGAGGUGGCGCACGUGGCCGAGGUGGCCGAGGUGGAGUGAGACCAGAGAGAGACCACACCCCAGAUGGAAUAGACAAUGAGCUCAGACGUAAGAGGUCAACACCGCAUCAGCUGACUCGGUUCUGAAUACGGUCUGCAGGUCGCAAACGGAAUGUAAUGUAAAUAAAAAAUCUAAUGGUUUUGUGAACUUUUGUCCUGUGUUGUACAGAGACUGUAUCCAUGGAGACUUUAAUUAGCAGACCUCUCCUCUUACCUGGUCAGGAUAAAUACCUGCGCGUGAGUGAGUGAAUGAAUGAAUGAAUGAGUAAAUGAGAGAGAGAGCUUGUAAAAGUUAUGUACAGUUUGUGUAUAGUCUUAUUUUGAAUGCUGUGUUCUGUUUGAAAAUAAUGUUCUUUUCAGCAGUAGAGCACUGGGUUUAAAAAUGUUUUUGAAACCCUAUGUACAUUGUAAUAUUUUUUUUUUUUUCAUUUGGUUGCAGUUUCUAUGCAUCAAAUAUGUGUGUUCUUCCAUGUUGUUCUUUUGUUGGGUUCCAAAGGAAAAGCCCAAAACACCUGGCUGUAGCACUGGAUAAGGCCGCUGUGGGUUUAGCAUGUUCAUCAGGACCCUCAUGUGUCCAUACCUGAAACAACACAAAUAGUCCAAAAUAAAGAGCCUUUGGCUGCAGGGAGGCUA